CGCGGCUGGUUGAGUGAGCGCGCGCCCGCCGGUUCUGUCAUCGCCGUGGCUGACAUCACGCGGAGGAUUUGCCACAAUGUCAAACGUCCGCACGCAGCGCGAGCUCAUGGCUUCCCCGCGCGAUAGUGCCACGCGCCGCGGCAUCCCCGGGCUCUUCCUCUAAGCGCAAAACUCCAUUCACCUUUUUCUGGCUUCAUGCUGCUUUCUCGGACAGGAUGCUUUUGAGGUCAAUGUGAGCGUGUGAGACAGGUCAGAGGUCAGAGGUCAUGCUGCGGAGGGACUCCCACAGCCUGUUUACCUCCGGAGAGACGUCUGACAACGACUGUGAGAUGGGGGCGAGUUGUGAGGAGGCAGACGCGGUGUGUCUGUGCGAGGCCGGUCCCUGUACGCUUUAUUCUGAAGCGCACACGCCCACGCCGGACGCGCCGCUGUGUGAGCACUGUGGCCGGAGCAGAGCGAUGGUAACCAGGUACUCCGAGGGAUACGGCACAGAGGAGGAGUGCGUAUUAUCUGACCCUCAGGGAGAGAGCGACGCAGACGCUGACAUAGAGGACACGGACUGCAGGCUGCAGGAGCCCGGUUCCCUGCAGAGAAUCAGCUCGCGGAGGCGCAAGCGCACCCGGGUGGCGCGGCAGGACACCACCGAGAGCGAGGACGACGGCGGGCGCAGCCACAGGUCGCACCGCUGGACCCUCCGGCUCAGCCCGGACAGAGAGCACAGCAGGACCAUUCUGGAGGAGAGCGUGUCCCAGGUCCGGCCGCUGGUCAUUUGUCGGCCGAACGCGGACGGAGAGCGGAACCCGUCGGAAUCGCCACGACAAUCCAAACCGAUGUCGCUGUGGCCGCCGUCGCUCUCUCUACCCGUUACCCUCCUCCUCUCUCUCUCUUUUGUCAUUUUUAUCGUGUCUUUCCUCCUGUCACGGGCCAGCGCGUGACAAAACAUUUCAGCUUUCCUGAAAAAGAAAAAUAUAAUAUGGAGCAUUAGAUUAUGACUCUUUCAAAAUAUAAGGUUCACGACAGGGAAAGAUCAUUAUACAUUUUUCAUUUGAGAAUAUAUGAACUUCUGAAACUCCGGAAGGGUGUUAAACGUCUCGUUUCUGGACCCAACCAAAAAAUAAGCACAGGCUCAGCUUUAAGUCUUUCAUAGUGCACCGAUCUGUACAUUUUCCGUCUGGAGUUUGCUCGCUGUGAGCACAAAGUCGGUGCUUGCUUCUGUCUAAAAUCUCCUCUUAAGUCUCACUUUCUCACCCCCUCAUUUGUAAAAAUAGACCCAUCAUUUCCCCCCCCUGCUCUAAUGAGCCACGACGUGUUUGGGGGGGGUUGGGGGGUUCAGGGUUGUGCAGGUACUGUCAAAAAGGGAAAAAAAUAUAUAUAAUCGCGUUUGAAAACUUGUGAAAUCCGAUGCUGCUGCACUAUGCAAUUCCUCUGGUCCCUACUGCGGCAUCUUGAGUGCUCUUUGUCUCUCACGUCCUUGACGCCGUUGUCUCCUUCUUUCCCUUUUUCCUCUUCGGAAUACGUUUUGUUAAUGCAGGGACUUGUGGCUCUAAAAUAGAAUGUGACCCAAUUCAAAAAGCAAUAGCAGUAGAGAUCUGAUAUCACUCCUGUCAUGCAUAAUCUACAGAACAUCUGCUGGUUUAAUGACUGGAUUACAUGGAUUAUUUUACUUGUUGCCGUGAUUUAAAAAAAGGUUCAUCCUUCUCUUUCUUCCUGGCUCCACUUGCGUCUGUUUAUAUAAAAAAAAAAGCUGUCCUCAAAGUAAAAUCAGCAUCUACUUAUUGUUAGCUUGCAACCCUGCAGAGAAUUGUUCACAAUUCAUGCACAUAUUUAGUUGUAU